AUGAAAGCUAUGAUCCAGGGUCGAGCAGCUAGAGGACGUCAUUUAGCUGGUCAACAGCCUGAAAAGUUUGAUCAUGCUACGUUUCAGCAUCUGAAGAAGUGCAGUUAUUCGAGCCCAGAUAUUUCUUUAAACACAGUUGGUUCUUCGGCUUCGGCAAAAUCUGCGCUUGAUCUUUUAGCUGUUAAUGGACAAGGUCAGUAUGACGCGGAGCUUGUAGACAAGAAUGUCGCCGUGCUCAACAGCGGAAACGACAUGCUUACAGAGGCAAGCAAAGCUGCUGAUACCCUUGCCACUACCAUCAAUAAGCAUACUGUCAUGGCUGAUAAGAUGGUCACCGAUGUCAUCUGCAUCACCAAGAACCUCGCUGAUCUCGAUGUUGCCACUGUCAAUCAACCAAUGACUGUCGCUGAUAGAGCCAUUGUCGAAGCCAGCAAGAGUGAUGAUCCCACUACCGCUCAGCAAGCAGUCAACAACGAGGUCAAUCCCAUCAGUGAAACUAAUGCCAACUCUGAGAUGAACAGCAUCGCAAAUCUCUCUCUCAAUGAACUUUUCAUUUCUGACACUGACAGAUCUGAGAUUGUUACCAAAGACAUGAUGCAAAAGUCACUCGUAUUAGAUUUCCCCUUGUCACCCCCUUCUACUACAGUACCCGUCUCUAGCCCUACACAGGAAGUCGAUCUUGAUUAUUAUAACGAUUUUCAAUCUGAUGCAUCUUGGGUCAUGGCUAGUGAUGAUGAUCAUGAUGAUUUGCGGAGGCUAGUAGACCUGAAGAACUUGAGAGUGUUGAAGAAAGCGAAGACGUUUGAGGAAUGGGAGAUGCUUUAG